UGAACCUCAUUCCGUCUCUGCAGUCAGGCGGCGUUUGAAGCCACGCCCACCCGGCGCAUCGCUCGCCUCGCCGGAUGAGAAAUGGUGCGCACCCGCAGCAACACAGCGCAAUAACUUUACAGUAGCGACCGCGGUGCCGCACAGAUCGCCGCGCCGCCGAUUCUUGUGAAAACAAGCUCCCCAGCCCCGUCUCGGCGAGAGGAGAUGAAGAGGAGGCUCCACAAGAAGUACUUGGUUUUGAUUCUGGCAUAUUCAGGUCUGCUUCUUCUAAUCCCCUACGUGCUGGAUUACCGGGACAAAUCCGCGCAGAAUGCCAAACUGCCGCAGCAGCAGCAGCCCAGAUGCCCGGACCUGGAGAACACGGUGGCGCUCCUCUGGGACAACGGCUACAGAGCCAACGGCAGCGAUGCGGCGGAGAGCCCGGCGAACAGGAGCCAGUCGCGGACGCACAUCUACCUGCACGCCACCUGGAGGACCGGCUCGUCGUUUCUGGGCGAGCUGUUCAACCAGCAUCCGGACGUCUUCUACCUGUACGAGCCCAUGUGGCACAUCUGGCAGGCUCUGUACCCCGGGGACGCGGGCAGCCUGCAGGGCGCGGUGCGCGACAUGAUGAACUCCCUGUACCGCUGCGACUUCUCCGUCCUCAAACUUUACGCCGGCUCGCAGAACAUCACCACGUCGUUCAUAUUCGGGUGGAAGAUGAACAAGGUGAUCUGCUCGGAGCCGCUGUGCGACGCGCACAGGCGCCACGAGAUCGGGCUGGUGAGGGAGGACCGGUGCGCCAAGUGCCAGAAGAGGGACCUGCGGGAGCUGGAGAAGGAGUGCAAGAAGUACCCGGUGAUGGUGAUCAAAGGGGUCCGCGUUCUGGACCUGAGCACCCUGGUGCCUCUGAUGCGAGACCCGGCCAUCAACCUGCAGAUCAUCCAGCUCUUCAGGGACCCGAGGGCCGUGCACAACUCGCGGCUGAAGUCCAAGCAGGCCCUGGUGAAGGAGAGCAUCCAGGUGCUGCGCAGCAGGAAGCAGAGCGACAAGUACAAGCGGCUGCUGGUGCCCAGCAACAGGAUGAACCGCGCAGAGAGCUACGUGGCCAGCGCCAUGGAGCUGAUCUGCGACAACUGGCUCAGCGACAUGAUGCUGGUGAUCAACGCGCCUCCCUGGGUGAGGAGGAACUACCUGCGCCUUCGCUACGAGGACCUGGUCCUGCGCCCCAUGGAGGAGCUGCAGAGGCUCUUCCGCUUCUCCAACCUCUCCAGCUUCCCCGCGCUGGAGAGGUUCGCGCUGAACAUGACGCACGGACAGGGCUACUCGUCGGACAAGCCCUUCCUCAUAUCGUCCAGGGAUGCCAAGGAGGCGAUCUACGCGUGGAGGGAGCGGCUCAACGUGGAGCAGAUCGGCCAGGUGGAGGCCUACUGCAGCGAGGUCAUGAGGCACCUGGGGUAUGAGAAGAACAACGCGGAGAAAGCCACAUGAGGAGCAGAAAUCCGCAGGGGUCCUCCUAACCAAGGCUGAGGGGCAGAAGGUGGAAUAACAAAACAGGCUGCAGGAAUGCGGUCCACCAGGAGCUCUCAAGCGUGCCUCUUGGGUUGUUUUUUAAAUCCUCACCCGAGCUGGGUCGAUGAACUGGAGAAAUAGUGAUACUGGAAAGGGGGGGGAGGAAGGAAAAAGAAAAAAGAAAAAAAAGCGAGAGAAAGAGCAGCCAAUCAGACACAGUGGGAUUUGAAACGAGGAGAAGGAAGCUUAUUUUCUCACCGCGCUGCCUGUUUGACACCAGCAGGGUCCGUGGAGACGGAGAGGAUUUGGGGAGGGGGGAUGAAGCAAGAGACGGGGCUGGUUCGCUCUGCUGUUACUCUGGCAGACCUCUCUUCUUUUUAGGAGCGCUAAUCCCUCCUCAAAUCCUGCUCAAGCGAGGGCCAUAAAAACCUGAGAUGGGUCUGUCUUGGGACAUGCAUCCAUGGGGGUGGGUUGGGGGGGGGGGGGGCAGCGUCAGGAUCGCCUUUGGUUGGGCUGCUCACCCGUCUGAGCUGUGACUAGGCUUGGCAGCAACCCCUGCAUUACUGAUUCACUGACCGGACACAGGCUUACUAACAGUUCUAAUGUAGCGCCGCGCUGAAAGCAGAAACUACAGUAUUUUCCUGGAAAAAAAAAAAAAAGGACAGGCCUGACUGAGGAGCCAUUGUCCCUCUCAGGAACCCAGACAGCUGCAGAGCCCCUUUGACGAAUCCCUCACGUGGGCGUGAAAUUUUCUAGCAAACCACAGAAUUCCUGAAGACCUGUUUCCGUCCUCCACCGGUGGGCCUCUUCGUUCUCUAAUCCAGAACGGUCCAGAACAUUCUCAGAUGCUGCGGCGUCCCCCUGGUCAAGGAUGGGUUUCCAGGGGGGGAGGAUCAAAUGUCCGCCAGCAUAUCGUCGUGUUCAACUUCAAAAGUUGCUUCUGUUAUAAAUAUUUUCUCUUGGAUAUUUGUGCAUAUGUGAACAAAAGAAAUAACUCCAAACUAUUUAAGUUCAAAGGAAGUAUGUUACUGCUUGUAUUAAAACUGUCAUUUCUAGAUUCACGCCGUUGAUUAUUGACCAGUGGAGCGCACUUUGGAACGUGAGCCGGGUUUGCCCUGAAUACUUCCCUCCAGUUCAAAAUACAAUUGGAACGUGCCUUCAAGAUCAAUUGCAAACUGCAAACAGUGUCCAGUCACGGGUGAUCGUAAUGUACAGUGCCUUGCAAAAGUAUCUUUAAGUGUCUUUUGGUACGAUUUUCAUGCAACAGACCGACACAUAGUGGUGCAUAAUUGUCAAGUGGAGAAGG